ACCAUGCUGGAUCCGGAGAGCCAGUGGUCCGAGGCGUUAGCCAGCAACAACAUACGAGCCAUCAUCCGCUGGCUGCGGCGGCUCACUGCUGAAGGGGAGGCUCAUGUGAAAGAAACCCAACUGACUUUCAUCAUCUGGGUACAGAGGACAUCAGAGUUGGCUAAAAAGGAGCUGUUAACACUUUGUCUCAGCUGCAGCCAGGGCCUGUGGAUGUUUCUGGACCGCAGCUCUUUCCACAUGGUGCACACGCUGCUCCAGAGACUGAGCAACUUGCUCACCCUGGCCCAGUGGGCUAGAAGGCAGCAGGGUUCGGCCCACAUCUGGCACGUUAUGGGGGUCCCAUGUACGGUCUGCAGGGAUUCAUUCAGAUCCUCAGAAAACGGACAUGGCUGCUGGAGCCGAGAGCACGGGGCACUAAAGCAACACAUCUGGCUGGGGCGGCUGGUCCAGUGGUGGGCCAUCAUGGGUCUUCUGCCCAAGUACCCUGAUGCUCACGGGCUGAAACACAUCACACAGAUGUGGAAGGAAAUGGACCACAGCCACCGGAAAUCAUUAGAGACACCAGGGUCUUUGAUACAGGGUAUGGUCACUCAGCUGGACGGACAACGCGGCUGCAUUUGGACCUCUGAGGAAUCCACGGAGCCGUGCUAUCCUCCUCCUAAUCUACAGGCCCUGCUGAAGCUUGUGUUGGUGCCUCACAUGGACCACAAGUCAGUUCAAGCGAUCCUCAUGUACUUUGUCCUGGAUAUGGCGAACUUCCUGCAGUGCAAAGACGACCUCCUCCGAUCUUUUUGCCUCGCUUUCACUAUUUCCCGCAACUUUUCCCAACAAAUCAGGGCCUUCUGGAUGCUUGACCGUGGACACGUCAAGGCCUCCAUGGAGUUACUGCUGAGCCCCGGGGCUGCUGCACCCAGCCUCCCUUGGCAGCAUCGUUGCAUCAUCCGCUGUCUGCUAACAAGGAAGCGGCCUCAGCUGGCGCUAAGGUACCUCCGCUGGACCGGACCCGCGUUAGAGAGCACCGAGGACACCAAGCUCUGCACAGAUGUGCUGCUUCAAAACAGUCGCGUAUCUGAAGCCUGGGCUCUGCUGAGGAGAAGCAACGUGGAGCGUGACCACAUGGUCAUGUACUUCCUCCAGGCUUGUAAUGGGUUGGGUCUGUGUGCACAGGCUUUAAAGGUCAUCCCUGCACCAUAUAACGAUGAAGGGGACAUUAAAAAUGAAACUGCAAAAUCACAGUUGGCACUCAUGAAGAAAGCAGGAACAGCGCCGUGUCCACUGUCUGCCAAACUGUACCAGGCUCACAGAGUCACAACCGUGUCCCCAGAGGACCUGGUUCAACUAGUCAGGAAGGCGGUGAUAGGAGUGAGACAGCCACCUUCUAAAAUAAGUGAGGUGGUGUGGCCACAUCCCAGUGCGAGACAAUCCAACAGCAGAGAGACGUUUUUGUCAACGCCGGUUCUCCGUCUCCUCACAAAGGACGAUGCAGAGCGAGCACCACGCGCAGAUGAACCCAGAGACGAAAGGCCCGUCCACAAUCAGCGACCUCGGGCGCCGGAGCACAUUUCUUCUUCUUCUGGAGACCUGGGCUGCGAGUCUGUCCCCGUCAUCACCUCAGCCUCCUGCUCGCCUCCGUCGACGCAGGACCAUCCUUACGUGUACCAACGUACAUUGACUCUGCAGAGGAUCUCGUCUUUCCUCUCUGAGGGAGAGAACCAACACGGGGAGGAGGAGGAGGAGAAUGAGGAGGAGGUAGAAGAAGAAGGGAGCAGAACCCCUUCAUCAGCUGACGCCUUGUCAGAUUGCACUGAGAAGACGGUGACACUAGAUGGCGCCACACACCCUAUUUCUGUUAUCAACAACGACAUCGAGAUAGAGCUGGGGCUUCCUGCAGAAGAGAAAAUGGUCCGCUGUAAAGGAGAAGAAAUCAUCGUCAGUCCCCCAGAUGUCACCGAUCUGAGGAGUGCUGCGACGUCACUCAACCAAGAAGAGCAAUCGGCCUGCAUUCCCUCGCAUAGUUUCCGUCUCACUUUCAGUCAAGGCCUCUCCUGCGCCACGUCCCGAACUACGCAGGACCUGCCGACCGGCCCCCAUCUGAGCCCUCUGGCAGAGGAUCCUGUUGCCAGGAGCUCAAAGGCCUCAGCGGGGACUGGUCAGCAGGACGUAUCCCUUCUCUCCAGCACUGUUACACCCAAUCUGACCCCUAACCUGACCUGCAGCGUCAUAACCACCUCUGCUCCUGCUGGCACCGCCAGUGGAACCCCCCCGAAGGCCCAAUUAAAGAUGGAUGAGCCCCGUGCCGGGCACACAGCGGCCCCGCUCUCUCACGGCAGAGUGGGCAGAUGGCGGAAACGAGACCUUGAAACCUGCAGAGCUUCUUCUGGCCUUCCUCCUGCGCCAGCGCCAGGAGCAACUAUCGCAUCAGAUAGUUGGAGACCGUCUCUUGUAACAUGCCAACCAUAUUCCUGCAGUCUGGUCAACUUUGGGGACUUCAGUGUGAAGCUAAACGGAGACAGCAGAGAGGGCAAAAAGGCAGACAAAGAGGAGCCUGCAGGUUGCCACGGUGCCGUAAGAAGUGGAAGAAAAGGAAAACGAGGAAAGAGAGCAUGAAGAUUUAGCACAUCUCUGACACAGGGCAGUGGAGGACGUGUACUUUAUUCUCUAAGUCUUUUGAAAUGGUGGAUCCUUCUUUUGAUUCAGAAAUUAUUAUUUUUAUUAUUAUUUGAGUCUAAAUAUGAAUUUGAUUUAUUCAUUUAUAGCGUUCUUGUAGGGAUUAACUCACACCUGUAUUAAUUUACUGACUAUUUAUACUUCCACCUUGAAGUCAUCCAUCUCCCCUUCGACAGUGAUCAACUGGUCACAUCAUUUGGCUUCUCCUAUCAGAAAUCUCUGCUACUUGGGGAUAUCGUCCUGUCACACCCUUUUCCUUCCACUGUCAUACCACGUGUGAGAAAAACUCAAUAAUUAAUUCCUCAGGAAUUAUUGAUAAACCUAAAUUAUUAAAUCUAGAGUAUAUCUAAUCAAAACCCUGGUAAAAUAAAUGGUUUUGCUUG